AUUUCAGUAGGUUUGCUUUCUUAAGCUAACCUAAUAAACAAACAACCUCUUUACCACAUCAGUGAUCCAGCUAGCCAGUCUGACUGUCUGGAAUCAUGAGUAUUGACUCUUUUCUCUCUUCUCAGGGCUCGGCCUGUGAUGUCUGUAUCUGCGCAGCUCAGUUUCAGUCCAAAGGAAAUCAGUCUGAACUACUUUGAAUGUCCGGGUAGCAACGGAUUUAAUGCAUUUAAUCUCACGUCAUGUUUCACGGUGACCGAGAGGACCAGCAGCACAGGAUCUCUAGAGAAGAAGCUGAAUGGUUUCUCUGAAUCUGAAUGUGGAUGUGGUACGAGGAAUGAGUCGAGGAUUCUUUGAUCAGAGCAGUGUGUCGUCCAGGACUCUGCAGCAGUCCGUCCUGCUGGAUUCUGGGUCCUCCUGUUUUAACCUUCUCCAUCUUCAUGCUGCGCUGUGUUGCAGACUUAGUAUCUCCUCUGAAGAUACGAAUGAAUUUCUCACAAACUGAGAUGUUGUCUGGAAACUCUGUGGCUGUUCUUGACGUCCACAGCAGGACGGAGGAGAAUGUUGAGGUGCCGUUUCAAUGGAGCUGUAAUUCAAACAACAGCUGUGUGGCCGAUCUGAAGCUGAACUUCAGUUUUACAAACAACACGUUAGUGGUGGAGAAUCAAGCUCAUUUCACAGUCCAGGUAUCGCUGGCAAACCCAGGCGACGACUCCUACAACACCAGCAUAGUGCUGCAUUACCCAGAAGGCAUCUCACUCUCUAAAUUUGAUGCAAUAAAGCCGAGUCGGACUCGAAGCAGCUGUGGUGAUCGGGACAGCGGUGCUACAAACAGAACAACCUGCAGCAUCGAUCUACCGGUGUACCGCAGCGGCACCACAACUCAGUUUCUGGGAACUUUCCGUGUGAUGAAAUGGGAUAAUGACUCAUCUAACAGGAUGGAGAUUAUGAUCACUGCCAACAGUGAUAACAAUGGAAACAUGAGUGAUACGGAGGUGAGGAGGAGCGUCCCGGUGCAGUUCGCCGUUGAUCUGGCGAUCAGUCUAACCCAGUGCAGUGCAACUUCAAGCCAGAACGACAGGUAA